AUGGCCGCCCGCCCCGGCCGCCCUCUCCUCGCCCCGCUCCCGGCCCCGGCCGCGCCGCCGCCCGGCCGCCCUCGCCUCGCCCCGCUCCGCUUCCCGACCGCGCCGCCCUCGCCUCGAUCCGGCCAUGGCCGCGCCGCCCCGGCCGCCCUCGCCUCGCCCCGCCUCUGGCCCCGGACGCCCUCGCCUCGCCCCGCCCCGGCCUUGGCCGCCCUCGCCUCGCCCCGCUCCCCGACCGCGCCGCCCUCGCCUCCGCCCCGCCAUGGCGCGCCGCCCCCGGCCACCCUCGCCCCGCCUCGCUCCGGCCAACCCCGCCCCGCUUCGGCCGUGCUCGCGCCGUCCUCGGCCGUGCUCGCGCCAGCCCCGGCGGUGCUCGCCCAGCCCCGCCCAGGCUGCAGUUCGCCGGAAUUUAGCCGGAUUCCGGCGAGGCAAAUCACGAAACGCGUGUUCAUCGAAAUUCCCCCGAGGUACUAUGUUCCAAACUCGUUCGGGGAUAUGCUAAACGAGGAUGAGGUGAGCACUACCGAGCUGCCCCUUGAUGCAUACGAGUUGGACAGUGAGGAUGAUGGCGAAGAGGUUGAGGAUGGUACUGCUUACAAUCAAGACAUGGUGGAGGAGAUCGACGAGGAGGUCUUUGACGCGGCGAAGGGGAAGAAGAAGAGAGUCGUGAACAACAUCGAAAUCAAAGACACUUGCUUUGUGCGGGUAUGGUCGCAAGUGUCCAUCGAUGCGGUGCACGACACUGACCAAACCGGGAAGCGGUAUUGGCAGCGGAUUGAAGAUAAGUUCUUUGACCUAAUGCCUGGCGUUGCCACACCGGCCUACCGCUCCUAUUGA